AUUGGUGGUACCAAAAUUCACGUUUCCUUCUCAGUAAAAUCCUCCAGCCACGCUUGGCGUUAACCAGAGUAGGCGAUUUCACUUCACCACCACUUCACAACAGACUUCCAAAUUCACUGCGGCAGACACGGCAAAAUAAAAAUGCUAAAUACAUCCUGGCUGGGAGGGGACUGAAGCCGCCACGCUCAAUCAAAGGUUCGCAAUAAUAGGAUUCAUAAAAGGAAAAAAAAAAAAAAAAAGACAGAUGGGAUUAGAAAAUGUUGCAGUGAAGACUCUGGAAUGAGAUGAGAUCACAGCACCAGCCUGUCUUUUGUGGACCAGCACAAUGAUCCCCGAGCCAGACUGGAUUAGGAAACCUCGCGACUAGGGCUUCAGAGGCAGGCCUCCGGUUCCCAGGCACUUUGGGGGAGAGAAGGCUGAAACGAUGCAUCAGAUUUACAGCUGCAGUGAUGAAAAUAUAGAAGUUUUCACCACCGUGAUUCCUUCCAAGGUGUCCAGUCCAGCCAGAAGAAGAGUCAAAAGCUCUCAACAUCUCUUAACCAAGAAUGUGGUGAUCGAGUCGGACCUCUACCCGCCCCGGCCGCUGGAGCUGCUGCCGCACCGCAGCGACCGCCGCGACGGCGAGGGCCGCAGGUCGGGCCGCUUCCAGAACGCGCGGCUCCAGGGCUCGCACCCCGCCAAGACCCCCGCCAGGCCUGUGGGGAUUUCUGAACCCAAAUCAGCAAAUCUGUGUGGGAAUCGAGCGUAUGGCAAAGCUCUGAUGCCUCCGGUGGCCCGGAUCUCGGUGAAAGCCCCCACCGUCCUGGAGGCAGCAGCCCCGGGCUCGGAGAACGGAGCUGUUCUGACCAGAGGAUCCAGACACCUCAAGAAGAUGGCUGAAGAGUAUCCCACCCUCCCUCAGGGAGCAGAAGCCUCCCUACCACUGACCGGAAGUGCUUCCUGCGGCGUCCCCAGCAUCCUCCGGAAAAUGUGGACCAGGCACAAGAAGAAGUCUGAAUACGUGGGAGCUACCAACAGUGCCUUCGAGGCCGACUAAAGGUGACCCUCCCCAGGUACCCUGCGCUGGCCCAAGUUCAUGCACAAGGGGAGGAAACUUGCAGAUCAGAACUGAGCCACAUUCACCUCUGCUAGUAGCUGGUCCACGUGCAUCACCCUCCAGUACUCACUAGUCGCCCUGGCUUAGGACAUGGGAGAGGAACCUCCCUCAAAGGCGAAAGAGAACUGCUCCUUCUCAGAAUCGAUCAAGCCAUUGGUCUGAAAGUGACUUUGGGAGGUCAUCAAGUUUAUAUCCCUAUGUUUAAGCAAAAUGGCACCAAAAUCAAACUUUCCCAACCCAUCUGAAAGACCUCCAAGGCAGGAAGCAGGCGAUUCCCCAGUCUUCCUUGUGAGUUGUUCUAAUUUCUGGUAUAAAUGUGAGAGUUUGAUGUUUGAGGCACUUGUAAACGAAAUGGUUCUCACUGCUCCUGUUACCAUAUUUAUUUCAUCUUGAUGAGGCACGGUUUUUAGUGACAAAGCGCUAUAUAUAUUUACUUAGUAGUUCUAAUAUUCACUUGAGGGUUCAUCAAGAUCAGUUUUGUUAAUCAUUUGGCAUGAUUGCAUGAAUUCUCUAUUCUUUUACAUGUGAUUUUUCUAUAGAAAAACAUGAUUUAAAAUUUCGAAUGCUAAUAUUUUCUGAAGUGGCAUAGUCUAGUGGAAUUAGUAACACCUUGCUUGGGUAUAAUUAUUUUAACUUUUGAAAGUGCUCUCCCAUCCAUUACCUCUUACAGUCACAAGAUUCCUGUUAAAGAAAGCACAAUUAUUCCCAGACUACAGACGGGGAAGCCAAGGCCUUAAGAGGUUAUGUGACUUGAUGCCAGAUAGUGAAACUAGAUACCAGGUCCUCAACUUCCGCACACAGACUCCUUGCUUUCCUCACUCUAGGAACUGACUUGAGGACGGUUUUGAGGGAUAGCAAUAUGUCUGCAGGGCCAAUAUUUGCAAGAAAGAAUGUGACAACAUUAGUAAAUUAUAUAAAUGAAAUACGCCAUUAUGUAUUAGAUUGAACAAGGGGAAUUUCUUGUUUUUGUAGGUCAAAAACAAUUAUCAAUUUCAUACGAUUCAGCCUGAUAUAUAAUAUUACGCUGUCCUUCUUUUAACGGAAAUGUCUUCAUUAAUUCUAUCAUCAAUAUCAGUAGCCUUAAAAUGAUAAUAGGACAAUGAUAGUUACCGUUUGUUAAAUGCCUACUAUGUGCCAGAUGUGAUGCUGAGCACUUUACACACAUUAUCCUGAUCUUUCUAUCAACUCUGAGUUAGGUGGCCUUCCCCAUUUAAUACACACGGUGUUAAAGCAGUUAAAUGAUUAGUCUGAAGGCACCUAACCCACAUGGGGGUCAGGCUCCAAUGCCUGUGUUAUGUCUACUUCAUACAGAAUAUUCAGAACAUUGGGAGGAACCAAGGCUAGUAAAUAAUUGUCAUCUCAAAGGCUAAACGUAAUUGCUUGGCACAGGCUGUCUAGAGUGCUGUGUGGAGCCAGAAUCUGAGAUCAAGGAGUGCGGUGAUCAAUUGGUAAUGCCUGCCUGUGGAGCAGAUUAGCGAGAUGUGCCUCGCAUAUUUGGCAUCUGUGGCCCCAUCUCUGCCCCCAGGAGGCUGGUUUUCUCAUUCAGAAGCUUAGAUUGAUCCAACCCACUUAACAAAACCAGCGACUCCAUGGUGAAAUUUAGUCUAAGACCAGGUUGGAAAUUGCCAUUUCCUGCCUACAAAGAAGACUUGGGCCACAUCACUGGUCUCGGACGUACCUGCUGUGCACCUGCCGCUGCUCCGUGGCCUCCUGUUGCUCUUCCCUCUCGAAAUUACCUGCUUCCACAUCGCCAGGUGAAACGUAAGAAGACAUGCGUGGUAAGAGGCCUGGGCUUCUGGGCUUCCACCUUGCUGACCUCUGCUUUUCAACCAUGUUUUAGGCUCUGAACACCCAAUGCUCCCAUUGGAACAUAACUUGGAGAUUUGGGCAUCAAGUGCUCUUUCAAUGAGGGCCCCAGUGGACUGUGUAAUAGUCUUACAGUGUUUGGAUGAAGGAGCUCAGAACCAAGGGAGGGAGGAAACAGGUGAUUUACACUGGACCUAUCAGAGUAUUCCCACAACUAUUUAUUUUAACUUAUUUAUUUUAUAACAUGUCUGCUAUUUGUAUGUGGCAGCUGGAGAUCUAUGUAGGAUGGAAUUUAUUUAUUUUUUAAUUUAAAAACUUCAUGAUGCAGUGUUUGCCUCGUACAGAACAUUUUCCU